ACGCCUUCUCCUGCACCUCAACAAGGGCCCCUCCACACCACACACAUGGCCUGCUACGACCUCUGCCGCCCCUGCGGACCCACCCCGCUGGCCAACAGCUGCAACGAGCCCUGUGUCAGGCAGUGUGAGGACUCCCGCGUCGUCAUCCAGCCUCCCACCGUACUGGUCACCCUGCCAGGACCCAUCCUCAGCUCCUUCCCCCAGAGCACCGCCGUCGGAUCCUCCUCAUCCGCUGCCGUGGGCAACGUCCUGGGUGCCCAGGGAGUGCCCGUCUCCUCUGGGGGCUUCAGUUACGGCCUUGGCAACGGCUUUGGAGGCCUGGGCUGCUACGGUGGUGGAAGAGGCUGCAACAUCUGCUAAGGGUCCUUGAAAACAUGCAUGAAAGCACUCAUAUACAUUCUAGAAGCAAAAACAUGGACUGAGGAAGCAUGUCUAUGUUAAUGCUGGCACACCAGUUCACCUUUCUCAGCUCCAUCUAUUAUGGCACUAAGCAA